AUGCCUCGCGCUCCAGGUUCGGGCAAGCGACAGCAAGGCGCCGCCAGUCACCGCGACACUCGUCAUGAGAAUGGCCUUGUAGGCCCGGCCAAGCGAUCUUCAGACAAGAAGGGCUCAGGGCAGCUCGACAGCUCUGCUCGCCGAUCCGACCAAGGCGUCGCCGGCGCUGCAGGGCAGUCGACGCCAGCCAACGGCCUCACCAACGGUUCCUACAAGCACUGCGUUUAUGAUGCCUCCAACGAUUCUCGCGCCAACGACGAUCCCCGCCGCUCCUCGCUCGGCGCCGUAUCCGAAAUGUCCUCCGACUCAUCCAACUCCGGCGGCGCCAAUGGUGUCGUCGACGCCGGCCACCGUCAGAUCGAUGUCAAUGCCAUGAAGAACGCCGACGUCCACCGCGACUCGGGUCCAUUCGAUCUCGCCACCACCGUCCUCAAGACUCUGCCCAUGCAGGAUACGCUCGCGAUUCUCAUCAUCCUCAUGCACGUCCCGUCGCUCUCGCUCACGGUCAUCUACACCAUCUUCACGUUCCUCACCUUUGUCCCUCCCGUUACGACCAGCUCGGGCAUGAACAUCAACCUCGCCGAGAUCUUUGACGGAAACUCUACUAUGCCGUCCUUGGUCACGGUUUUGUGUAUGGAUUUCUUCUUCCUUCUAAUAUGGCUUUUCCUAUGGGGUCCGAUCCAGGAUGCAAUUCUAGAUUUCGCCAAACCAGUCAUUGCCAUUACUCUAGGAGGAGGGACCAGCACGAGGGACGGAACUUCAAGAGGACUCACCACAUGCUUCAUGUGGGUGGUUGGCCAUCAUCUACUCCGAGGGACUAAAGCUCACUGGGGUCGCGUGGCUCGCCACAUCCCGGAGCAUUGGCGAAUCCCUCAUGUUUUCAACAGCUCUCUCAACCCCACCUCGAGCGUGUACGAUAAGAGGAGUGCAUAUGGGUGGGUGAGGAGCGUUUUGGCUAUUCACAUCUUGACACAGGGCAUCGUACGAUAUGUUCGAGAAUGGUAUUUGAGGCGCGAAAAGGCCAAUGCCUCUGUCGGAGCCAGCGAUCCCGAGGCCGGGAAGCCACCCAGCGUGGUAGGUGACACGGCCAACGAGGGAGGAUUCGCGACGCCCGAUACAGAGACAGGGCUGCAAUCGGCGCCUCCUGUGUCAACAAGCAAAAAAAGAAGAAAGCAAAGCACUCAGGUUCGCCUACAGCAACCGCUAUGGGCGGCACUAGCGAGCACAAAGAUUGUUGUAGUGAAGGAAUAUGAGUUAUCCCAUGCGGCCUCAGAGUCGGCUGGGACCAACGCAACUGACAUUCACAACCUUGGAAACGCUCCUUUCAACAACCAACCCAGCCAAAUAUGGAUAUCCUACAUCGGAAGCGAUGAAGUAUGUUUUAGCACCAGCCAUUUCCCCGAAAUCGAUGACGACGCACCGCGAUCCGUCGAGUCUUCAGGCGAAGACUCGCGACCUUCCAAUAUCGACACUUCGAAGCCUUUCUACGUCCGGGUUAACAACGCUGUCUGGCAGCCUACGCGCAUGUUUCCUAUCGAGGAAUCCCCGGAGGAUUCACGAGAGGGUGUGCGUUGGACGGGCGAUAUCUACGGACUCCGACCUGCUUCCAAGUACGAGUGCGAGUUUCUAGACAGCCAGACGGACAAGGUUCUUUUCUCGACCAGCAUCAGGACCGUCCAGGCUACGCAGCGAGAGGCGGACGGUGUCCCCCCUCCCGUGGCCAAUGGACAGCGUUCUCUCCGACCGGAUUCCCCCGCCACGACUCUCAGGACUUCGCUUGCUGCGGUUGAGCUGAAGUUCAACGAGGAAAAGUCACGCCUCAAGACUCUUCGAAAGGAGUUUAAGAACCGGGCCAGCAGUCUCAGAAAGGACAACGAGCUUUUGGAUAACCAACUUGCAUCUGCCGGAAACCACGACGAAAAAUUCAGACAAAAGAUUCGCCAACAGGAACUUGGAAAAGCGCAAGCCGAGCGGGAGACCAAGGAGAUUACUGAACAACUCAAAAACUUUGACCACUCGCCUGACCUCCUCGAGCAUAAGAAGAGAGUCGAGAGACAAUACAGCAGUGAAAAGAAGGUUUUUGAUACGGCUCAGAAAGCGUUCAAGGAACACAAGGUCGGACUGGAGAAGGAGAUCAAGGCCAAGGAGGUUGAAAAGUCCAACCUCAACACUCGCCGAAACAAGGUGGCCACGCGCAUUGCCAAGGUUGAGAACGAGCUUGCCAACAUCACCGAUGCUAACAACCGUGGUCUUGACGAAGCCGAACGACGCAACCAGGAGCGUAAUGUCUGGCAGGAGCAUGUAGCCGGCAUCGAAGCGAACUACAAUGAGCGGCUCGCCCAGGUCCGUGCUGACAACGCGGCUCGGGCUGAGCACAUCAGGAACGCCCAGAUGCAGCUGCAGAGCUUCCAUGAGUUCAUCAACUCGGCCAACGGCAUGGCGUAUGAGUUGGCUGAUGCAGGCCACCCGCACCUUGGUCCUCCUUUCCAACCCACCACGACCACGACGAGUACUUGGAAUCCUGAUCCCACAGCUCCUCCGCAUUACCCGACCGGUCUCUGGCAGGGUUCCGGCGAUGUCCUUCCUUCUGUUUCUGCUCCUGCACUCCCAUCCAUGUCGCUUUGGCAGCCUCCGCCGACUGCGUCGUCUUUUGAGCCACGAGUGACCCGAUCUAGAGGACGCAGCUCCAGCAUGCUGAGUAACGUCAGCGGCUUCACGCAGUCGAGCGAUGAGGAGUAUGCGUCGCCACCCAUGGAGUCUCAUCGAGUCAGACACAUCUGGGCGAGUCGUACCAGGGCCAGCGGAAGCGGUGGCGGUAGCACCGGCAGCAGCGGUGAUCCGACAAGCCCUUGA